UACAGUGGCAAACCCACCUGGAACACAAGGAAAGAAAGAUGACGAAAAAAAACCCGAAAUUGAUGCAUCACAGUCACAAGCUGGUGGGUUCCUGGUUCGUCGUACACAUACCCGUGGUGGUAACGUUCCUCAGACAACAAGACGAGAACAUGAUAAUGUCACCAAGGAGGAAUCCAUGAUAAACACCUUUCCCUUUUUUGACACGACCCAAGCGUGCGAGAGAGCUGCUUUAAGAUUACGGGAACUUUCCGUUCACCUGAACCAUGGCGAUGUACCGGUUACAGUCCUUCAGGAUACGAUGAAAUAUGCUGCUAGUGUCCUCGAAAGCGUAUCAAUGGAAGAAGCAAGAUGGCUAUUGGAAGAAGAAGAAGAUGACCUGUCCGAAGUUCAACCAGAUGCCGUCCCUAACGAAGUUAGAGAAUGGCUUUCCUCUACAUUUACUCGAAAGACUGCAGCACAACGAGUGCGCUCUGACGACAAGCCACGGUUCAGAUCGGUUGCCAAUGCCAUUCGAGCGGGUAUUAUGGUAGACAGGAUAUACAGAAGAUUGUCCAGUUCUUCUUUGAUGCAGCAGAUACCAUCUCAGGUCAUGCAGAUGCUCAAGAAUAUAGACGAGUGGUCGUUCGAUGUUUUUGCCGUUAACGAAGUGGCCAAUGGACACGUUCUACGUUACAUUAGUUACGACUUAUUGAACCGCUAUGACAUCCUACACAAAUUCAAGAUUCCCACGGCAGUUUUGGAGAAUUUUUUGGUACAGGUUGAGCUGGGAUAUGGAAAACACAAAAAUCCCUAUCAUAACAACAUCCAUGCUGCUGACGUCACCCAGACCGUGCAUUUCAUGAUUUGGCAAUCUGGGUUAGCGAACUGGUUGACAGAUUUGGAGGUGUUUGCCACUUUGUUCUCAGCCAUCAUUCACGAUUUUGAACAUACGGGCACAACUAACAAUUUCCAUGUUAUGUCUGGUUCGGACACAGCCCUUCUGUAUAACGACAAAGCGGUUUUAGAGAAUCAUCACGUGAGUGCUGCUUUCAAACUUCUUAAAGAAGAAGACAAUAACAUUCUUCAGAAUUUCAGCAAAGAAGAAUUCAG